AUGGAUUGUGAUAAGUAUCGCAAGCAUAGAUACGCCGGCUAUUUCCGCAGUUUCUUUGAGAUGGUCGAUGAUUCUUCAACGGAUUCAGUAGUUUCGUGGAGCGACAACGGCAAGAGUUUCAUCGUUUGGAAUGAAUCGGAGUUUUGCAAAGCUGUGCUUCCAGUUUUCUUCAUAUCCAAUAAGAUUGCAGCAUUCGUCCGCCGGCUUGGAAUCUUGGGCUUCAACAAGAUCGAAUCUGAGCAUCAUUCGAUGCCGGUUAUUGAAAAUCGCAGCCCGUUCAAUUUAAGUUAA